ACGCGCUGCGCAUCGCUGCGCAUGGGCUAGCACCUGUAAGGCAUUAUAAGGCCGGUCGCCAGGCGAGCAAAGCUUCAGUGUGCUCUCGAUUCCCGAUAAGCAACAUGAUCGCUGCAUUGGUUUUCAUCGCUCUGGCGGCCGGCGCCCAGGUCCAGGGCUUCCCUGGCAGCGACCCUGUCGCUGAGGCCCUGGCUGUGCUCCCUGAGCAGGCCGAGCUCUUGGGUGCCCACCUCGGCGACAACGUGAUGUGCCUGAUCAAAUACCUCGGCAAGGUCCAGGAAGUCGUCAAGAGCGGCAAGGAGGAUCUCCCACUCGUGGAGGCGGCCCUCAACACCCUCGUCAGCAACGUCAAGGCCUGCGGCAACCAGCCCCUCCUCCCCAAGCUCAACUGCGGCCUGCAGGCCAUCCGCGACUCAUGGGAGAACUCCGAAGACAUCCGCAAGGCCGCAUUGGCACUCGGUGAGCAAGCAGCUGCUCUCGCCAAGCAGAUCAAGGAAGACUGCUUCAAGAGCAACUCCUUCCUGCAGACUGUCUACUAAGUUCACGUCAUCAGCUGAGAUCUUCUAACUUUUCAUCGUUUCAAGGUUCAUGUCAAUUCUGACAUAUUGACUUAAGAAAUAAAAGGACUUAACACAUUCCCUGCCUGACGAAUAAUGGAAAUAAAUGGUCAUUAUUGAGCGGUUU